GGUAUCCGACUAGUAGGGAUACGCGCGUAGUUACCUCGGCUCAACCAACAACACACAACUGCUGUCUGAUUUUACGUUUUGUGAAAUUACAUGUGUUUCUCGAUGUCCAAAACUCAAAAUGUCUCAACAAGGAGCAGCAUUGCAAUCAUACAAUAAUGAACUCGUAAAAUGCAUCGAGGAGCUCUGUACAAAGCGUGACGACCUCCACAAGCAGAUUGUGGCCGAGGAGGACGAGAAGCAGAAAAUCCAGGCCGACCUGCGCAUUCUGACUGAGAAGCUGACGAAGGUCAACGAGAGCUUGGCCAAAAAGAUUGCCACCAGGAACGAGUACGACAAGACGAUCGCCGAGACAGAGGCAGCCUACAUGAAGAUCAUUGAAAGUUCCCACUCGCUGCUCAACGUCUUGCAAAGAGAAGCGUCAGUCUUGAAGGACAAGGGGGUGCCCGGGUUUGCCAACGCCCCCUCCACAUAACCCCAACAAGUGCUGUGUUGGCCAAGCAGCAACAGACAUUGUGCACAGCGUUUGACGAGGGAAUUUCAAUCAAGCUGAGUCUUGCAAAAGUAUAUUAAGUAUGCUUCGACUGGGGAGUGAUAUUUACCGUCUUAUAGAGUUCGAGAAGCUGGCGUCAGCGAAUGACGCUGUGAGUGGGUCAGCAGUCCGUAAUAGGCUGCUUGGGCUACCCGGAUUUGAACCCAUGACUAAAAAAUGAAGAUCGUCUUCAUGGCCUUGCUGACUUGCCCAAGCCCACCAGAACGGGGACUCAUUCCCAAAUCGGGUUUUUUGGUUUUUUUUCAUUUCAGCAGUUAAAGUGUGAUAGCGCCCUCUUUUGUCAGGCAGUUUACAGUGUUUGAACUAUGUGCCCCUGGUGACAUUGUGUCUGGUCACGGUUGACUGGUCCAUUCAAAGUCUGCAUUCCUUUCCCACACAAGGGGUUUGGAUUGGAAUGCAAAAACCGAUACAGUGUGGUAAAUUUGUAUCCUUUUUUUCCCCCAAAAUCCUUUUUUUUUGGGGUGGAGGGGAAAUGGAGGAUUUAAGUAGGUAGGAGUGAGGGAUUAGGAGAUUAUCAAAUUUAUAAUCUUUCAUCUUAGUCAUAGGAUCUACAGUGAGGAAAAAAAGUGAAAAGAAUCAGUGAUGUCAAGUGUACUUUCGCCAACUCAGUUUCCGGAAUGGAAGAUGAGACAGCCCAUCUGGAAUCUGACAACUACACCGAGUGUCAUAACUGAAAAGAUUCACAAUUGUUUAUAUUUAAAAAUUCCAGUAAUAUUAGAGUCGAUCGCAAAUCAGAGAAGCUCUCUAUGAAAAAAUUAAAUGGUCUCUUUGAGAACAAGAGAUAUCUGUACAUUUCCCAGUUGCUGUUUGCAUUGAAACGAAUUAGCCCCAUUUAUGAGGUGUCACAAUUUAUGCCCAACAAUCUGUCUUAUUUCUCGGGAUAUUUCUUUUCACAAUGUAAACUUCCAAAGAUAUUAUUUUCCAAAUUGUAUUAGUUGAUUUUUCAAAUUGUAUAUAUAUUUAUAUUGCAAGCAACUUUGCCUAAAAGUGAUGUUUUGUAUGGCACUGUGAAAGUUGUUUGUUAAAUACUUUGUCCGGGAAUAAUAAUUUUUUGGCCUUACAUGUAUAAGCCGCUUCUUUAAUUAAUCAGAGAAAAAUCGUACAGGUUCCAAACUUCCAUACAACGGACAAAAUGCCGCACAUACCUUUGUCCUAUUUGUACAAUGUUAAGUAAUAAAGUCCAAGAAGGAAUUGGAGCUGUUAUUUU